CUCAUCUCACCAAUGACAGAUCACCGCACAUCAAUCUCGUGACGUACGUGACCUUCGUGAUAUUUAUGUGCGCCACCUGGGAGGUGUAACGGUGAUAAAACUCCCUCCUCUCCAGUUCGGCAAGAUCCACUCACCAUGGCGGGCUCAUCAAAAUCUCUUCUUCCACCCGCUUCUAUGUUUUUGUUUGUAUGGAUUCUUUCGUUCUGCUUACUGUCCGGCAAUGGCCAAGCACCUCCACAACCAACUCUGGGGGAGCUCUCAACAACAGUACAACAAUUACUCUCGAGAUUCAACACUUUCCAGGGCUAUGUGGAAUACGAAAUUAACAAAUUGUGGACCGCUUUAAAAUCGACUGGGCCUAAUGGGUAUGAACACCCUGUGGAUCUUCAACCAACUAAGGCAAAGGUCGAGGUCAACCCUGCCAAGGAUAGUGCCGUCUACACAAUUGAAUACAAAGCCAUUAAGGAACCACGAGUUAUCUGGAGAGUCAACACAGAACCUGCCGGUAACAGCAAACCGCAAAAGAAUCUGAAAGACACCCCGGGCUCGCUUGAUGGCGCUAUCAGCGACGAAGGUAUCAUCACCAAAGUCUUCAGGAACGGCAAGGGUACGACCACCCUUCGUAUCCACCCGUCCAAGGAGAUCGUCGCCUCCGUCAUAGUCGACCACGUCACCUUCGUCCUCAGCUUCAGACCAAACCCCAACAAAACCGCCGAAGUCGUUCUCCGACCCACCAACUUCGACGUCGAUGCCGGCCCUCAUGGCAGCUUCAACUACUUCAAGAAGAAGGCAAUGAAGAUCACAGUGUCCUCCCCCAAAUUCUACCCCGGGUUCACCUCCCCCAAUGACUAUCAGUGGAGCUUCUGGAUGGCCAACACUACCGCCGUCCCCCAAGUCAUAGAGGAAUACCCACAGUGGAGAGAGAUCCAGGGGGGCGUGGUUAGGGUGGGGCCCAUCAGAACCUUGAAGAAAAACGACAUUGGGUCUGAUUUGAAGAUUACGUAUGAAUUAAUGACGGACAAGGGUGAUUAUGAUGGUAUCCUUAUCUUCUCUAAAUAUUACACGGCUACUGAGCGGGAUUCUGUCCUCACUGGACUUACAGAGAUGCGAUAUGUCUUUGUCCACCGCUCCGACAGGUACGACCCCUUCCCUAAAGGCUUCAUUGCCUUCGUGCGACGUGACCCACCUCUCAAACCGUGCAUCUCCAACCAGACUUGCUCCAUCGCCUGCCAUGCUGUUGGUGUCGUCCCAGAACGCAUCCGAUUAUACAAAGUGCAGAUUGACAAGUCGCUGAUGGAGGUGAAGCUGCCGAAGCUGGAAGUGCGCGAGCCGUACAUGUUGUACAACCACUACGGCAUCAAGCAGAUGAUGGAGGAGGACGAGGGGGAGUAUGUCUGCGUCGCCUUCAGCGGCACCAAGCAUACAGAGAUGAGGACGUCGUUGUUACUGAGCGAGCCCGUGGAGUACGUCAACACCUCGUCCGGCGUCGUGUACGGACCAGAAACAGUAACCGUGACCUGUGCCGCUCGCGGACGCCCACUUCCCCACGUGACCAUGUUCGAGAACUACGCCUACCAGAACGAGAUCAACACCAUGCAACCAUAUUACAGGGUCGAGCGAACAGUCAGCCGAAUUCGCGGCGAACACAUCGCCACCAUGACAGUCUUCAUCAACCGCCAGUACAUGCCUGUUCAUCUGUGGAGAAUUAUAUGCAUGUUUGAUAACCCGUUCCAACUCUCCGCCACUGACUUCGAAAUCAGUGUCAGUUCUCCGGGCCUUGCUCCUGCGAUGGGACCCCGGCCUGCAUGGGGUAAUCCUGCCGCACCCCCAAGGAAUGUGUAAUGGGGUCGGGGUCGAAGAACACCUUACAUUGGACUCGUCUUGAUCAGGACUUCACGGGCUUGCAUUCACGUCACCGUUCAUCGCCCGCGAAUACACAUGGCUGUUUUUGUGGAUUAGUUGUGACGUAUGUCUAUUUUGAGCCAAAAAUGAAAUGACCCCCAUGUAAGAACUAAAACAGAUGUACAUGAAUUUUGUUGGUAUUUUUCGCUGGGUGUCUGGAUCCAAAAUGUGGAUUAAUUUUCUGGUUAGAACUGAAUACGCUUCAAGGCGGCCAUAUGUAUUCAAGGGUUGUUAGGAAAGUAGUGUAUACAAUUCCGUGAAGCAAGGGAGAUAAAGACAGGUCACACUAGACCUUCAGUGACCACUGUCAAGUGGUUCGGUCCGUGACGUGACUGAUUGACACUCAUUGGACUGGAUUGGUUGAAAUAAUGCCAAAUCCUAACACGAUUACAAGGAAACUGUUGUAUGAAAUUUAUUUAUUUUUCUAAUUUACAAAAUUACAAAGGUGAAAAUACUACUGUACAUUGUUUCACAACGUUGGAUUGGGUUGUUUGAUGAAAUACGGAAUUUUAACACGAUUACGAGAAAACUGUUAUAUUAGAUUUAUUUAUUGCUCUAAAUGUAAAACACUACUUCACAUUGUUUUACUAUGUUGGAUUGGGUUGGUUGAUAAAAUACAGAAUCGUAACACGACUGCAAGAAAACUGUUAAAUUUAUUUAUUGUUUUUAUUUACAAGACUACAAAGUUAAAAACACUACUUCACAUUGUUUAUAAAGUUGGAUUGGGUUGGUUGAUAAAAUACCAAAUCUUAUCACGAUUGAAAGAAAACUGUCAUAAAAUUUUACUGUUCUAAUUUACAAAGCAACAAAUGUAGACACUCUACUCAACAUUGGUGUAUAUAUACCUUGCACAGUGAACCACGUGCUUCGUAUUAAAUACUGAACGUUGUUCUGUGUACAUAUGCUGAAUAAUUAGAAGCAUUCGUGUACUUGUUUAUAGGAACUUAUCACACAUGUGGUAGCUUUAUGUUGUGAAGAAUAAAAGGCAAGGGACGAUUA